ACAAUCAAGAAUGGAGUGGGGAGCAACGGUAGUGAUGGGAUUGUAGGCUCGCCAGGCAGUCGCUACUGUAUUCAUAUCGUGCCCCACCACAGGAUCGUUGCUCGAGUGGGCGUGGCCUACUGUCCGAAUAUCGCUUCGUGCUCGAGUGGGCGUGGCCUGCUGCCCGAAUAUCGCUUCGUGCUCGAGUGGGCGUGGCUUACUGCUCGAUUAUCGUUCCGUGCUCGAGUUUGUCUGACUACUUCACAUAGAGCAACUUCGAGAGGAAGGGAAUCCUCCUGUCAUCAGAAACAAAGUAGAUACUCAGCUAUUGUGAUUCUAAUAAGACAACCUAUGAGGCGUCCACAAUCUUGCCAACCACCAAAUACCGUCCAAAGAGGCGAUGACCAGAAGGAACAAAAGCAAAGAGCACAGAAGAUGACUGUACACCUAGAACCAUCAUCGGACAGCUUUCCCAUAAACGUAUUACCAGCCUGCGACAAUUUGACCGACUUCGUCGGCCAUUCUCGCGGUCUUGACCUUGCUCUUGACGCUCGACCAUGGCGGAACAUCAGCGAAUUCGAUCACCUGAUCCACUCAGGCACGCUGAACAACAUAACGUGCCUGGAACACGCGCCACAGUUGAACAGUGGCACAUUCUUCAAGGUGAUCGUGCUAGCCGUGAUGGCUGUGCUCAGCUUUGUGGCGAACGUAGCCACAAUCUACUCUAUCACGAGGAAUCAUCGAAGACAGCACACCUGGUCGGCGGUCUAUAUGUUGAUUCUGCACUUAGCAGUGGCAGAUCUAUUAGUUACCGUGUUCUGUAUCGGUGGGGAAGCAGUGUGGAGCUAUACAGUGGCAUGGAUUUGGGGGAACGUCGCGUGUAAGCUGUUCAAGUUCUUGCAGGUGUUCAGUUUGUAUCUGAGCACAUUUGUGCUGAUUCUGAUCGGCGUGGACAGGUUCUUCGCUGUGAAGUAUCCUAUGAAGGGACUGAACACCUCUGAUAGAUGUUGGAAGCUGGUCAUCGUGGCGUGGAUCGUGUCUUUCGUAUUCGCAGCUCCUCAGAUUGUUAUAUUUCACGUGGCCCAGGGGCCGUUCAUCGAAAUAUUCACGCAAUGCGUGACCCACGGAUUCUACACGGAACCAUGGCAAGAGCAACUUUACGUAUCCCUCAGUUUGUUCUUUAUGUUCCUUCUACCUCUAGCUAUUCUUAUCACUACGUACGUUUCCACCGUAAUUACAAUCUCUCAAAGCGAGCGAAUGUUCAAAUUGGAAUUGACUAGCAAUAACACGUCUCACAUGAACGGUGACAUAAAUAGGAGAAAAUUAAUGCAUCGAGCAAAAACCAAAUCGUUGAGAAUCAGCGUAGUCAUCGUAGCUGCUUUUGUCCUUUGGUGGACACCGUAUUACACAAUGAUGAUUAUUUUUAUGUUCCUUAAUCCUGAUAAGCAUCUAAGCGAGGAAUUACAAAGCGCAAUCUUCUUCUUUGGAAUGAGCAAUAGUUUGGUAAAUCCUUUAAUAUACGGCGCGUUUCACCUUUGGCCAAGGAGAAAGCGUCAAAGGGAAUUAUCUACGACACAACGUAGGCUCACGCCAACAAGCAAUGGAAGUAACUACAGACGAGAAUCACGAGAAACACGCAUACCAUUUUUGUCAAAAAAUAACUCAAACACUAGCAUAUAA